AUGAGUGCUAAGGUUACAGAGGCACCAACCGUUGACCUCUUGAACCGUCCUGAGAUCCAUCAAGUGGCUACAUCAAUAGCCAUGGAUAAGGGCCAGCCUCGGGCACCUGGACCUCCUAAUUCUGUAGACGUAGAAGAACCAUAUCAUCACCAUGAGUUGGUAAUCAAUAACAAGAUCUCAAAUAGAAAUAAGAUCGUAACAUCUCUAAUUGCUGGAGCUUUAGCAGGUGCUGUUGCCAAAACUGCUAUUGCACCACUUGAUAGAACAAAAAUAAAUUUUCAAACAAGCAACACUCCGUUCUCAUCUCGAGAAGCAUUACGCUUUCUUUACCGCUGCUUCAAACAUGAAGGUUUCCUGAGUCUUUGGCGAGGUAAUACAGCAACUAUGGCCCGAAUUAUACCCUAUGCAUCCAUGCAGUAUGCUGCACAUGAACAGUACAAACAGUUGCUCAACCAUGAUAAAAGGAAAGUACAUUUAACCCCGGGUAAUCGUUUUCUGGCCGGAGCUCUAGCUGGUGUAACUGCAGUAGCAUUCACUUACCCGCUAGAUAUGGUCAGAGCACGAAUGGCUGUGACAGCCAAAGAAAGGUAUCAUAAUUUACCAGAAGUAGUUAUGAAAAUAUACAGAGAGGAAGGUAUAAGAACAUUAUACAGGGGUUUUACUCCAACUAUUCUAGGAAGUAUUCCUUAUUCAGGGACAAGCUUUUUUACAUACGAGUCACUCAAGAAACUACAUGUUGAGUAUGCAGGUGGUGUUGAGCCACAACCCAUUGAAAGAUUGUGUUUUGGAGCAGUUGCAGGACUUGUAGCACAAUCUGCAUCUUAUCCUUUGGAUAUCAUUCGUAGAAGAAUGCAAACUGCUGGUGUUACUGGCCAUACUAAAGACUAUACUUCUAUUUGGAAAACGGCUCAAAAUGUGAUACAAGAAGAGGGUUUCCGGCGUGGAAUGUUUAAAGGUCUAACAAAUAUUUACAACAAAGAAAAUUCCCCUUCUCUUUUUUCCUUUAUCAUUUUCUUUCUAUACUAG